AACAGCAAUCCGAAUGAAAUACCGUCACAGCCAAGGAUUGAUCCUGCAAAUACAGUUUCGCACGUUUCUCAGUGAUUUUGUGCCGGAAAUUCGGAGGUGAAGGAAUUGUGUCCAGUGAAAGGUGGAGACAAUUGGGAAAAUGAGGCAAUUUCUUUUGGCCUUGUGCCUCAUCUUGGCAGCCGCGAGUGCUGCGAAUGGACAACAGACGUCCACU